AUGAAGCACAGUGAAGAAAUGUGGUGGAACCAAACCUCCAUGACUGAAUUCAUCCUCCUGGGGUUUGGAAAUGUCUCACACUUACGGGGCAUGCUGUUUUCCAUGAUCCUAUUAAUGUAUUUGAUGACAAUAGUCGGGAAUAUCUUCAUCAUCAUGAUCAUCAUGGUGGACUGUGCCCUACAGUCCCCCAUGUACUUCUUCCUCAAGAACUUGUCCUUCAUUGAGAUCUGUUUUACUUUGGACACAGUGCCCAAGAUGCUGGUUGACCUCCUGGCAGAGGAUAAGAGUAUCUCAUUUACUGGCUGUGCACUGCAAAUGUACUUCUUCUUUUCCUUUGGUUGCGCAGAGUGCUUCAUCUUAGCAGCUAUGGCCUAUGACUGUCACACAGCCAUCUGCAACCCCUUGCACUAUAGUACUAUCAUGAACCAGCGAUUCUGUUGUAAGGUAGUGGGUGCAAUCUGGAUAACUGGAGCUUUCAUUUCUCUGCUUCAGACAGUCUGGAUCUUCAACAUGCCAUUCUGUGGCCCCAACAAAGUGAAUCAUUUUUUCUGUGAUGCGCCAGCAUUGCUGCAGCUAGUCUGUAGUGACACUUACCUGUAUGAGAUGCAAAUCAUGGCCUCCACACUCCUAGUCUGCUUGUUUCCCUUAACACUGAUCCUGGUCUCCUACAUCCGCAUCAUCACCACAAUUCUGAGGAUACCAUCAUCUGAGGGAAGGCGUAAAGCUUUCUCCACCUGUUCUUCACACCUCACUGUGGUGACAUUGUUCUAUGGGAGUGGUAGCCUGGUGUAUCUCUGGCCAAAGUCCAGCUACUCUCCAGACAUCAAGAAACUCCUGUCGCUGUUCUACACGGUCAUAACCCCAAUGUUGAACCCUAUAAUCUACAGCCUGAGAAACAAUGAGGUGAAAGGUGCUCUGAAGAGGGCACUGGGAAGGAAAUUGAUCUCACAGAAAAUAUAG